AUGUUUGAUACUACUAUCAGUGUGCCAAAUGCUGAUAUUACCAAAAUAAUGUACUACUUAGAUUGUGUAUGUACCGUUAUUGAUUACAAUGGCAAUGAUAUUAGCCGAUAUCGAAACUAUUCGAAGUGGAGGAAUAUGUCGGACGAUGAAGAUCGUUUCAUUUAUCUUUUGGCCUUAAUACUUUCACCAGACGAAUUAGAAGAUCGAGUCGUUUUUGAAGAACCAGAAUUGUGUCCCGACACAGACAAUCAAUUUAAUGAAAUCGGUCAGGUUAAAAAUCGAUUAAUGGUUGUUCAAUUAAUCAUUAUCGAAGGUAGAUCACGCCAAGUGAAAAAGAUUAUGGCUUAUGAACCAAUUUAG